AUGGACGACGUGAAGCUCGCGGGCAACUCCCUGGUCUCCUGGCCCGCGGCCCUGAGGAACUGCCGGCGGGUCCCGCACCCCAUGCGCGAGUCGAAGCCGUUCCUGCGGGACAAAAUAUUGUGCAAGGAGUCGGGCAGCCAGGUGGGCAACGUGCAGAACAACCUGAACAUAGGCCCUUACAAGGGCAAGCACGUCGCCCUGUUCCGGGCCACGGACACGGUCCUGGACUGCGGCCAGGGGACCCUGAUUGACUUCCCGAGCUGGAAGGCUCUACGGGAGAUGCUCAACUCGAGGGUGGAGGUGGUAGACCUCACCGUGGACCUGCUCAUGGCACUCGCAGGAGACGCGGAGGAAGAGGUUGCCGCCGGGCUCGCAGACGAGGUGAAAGUGGAGCCGCCCGCCUCGGGCUCCGGCGCCAGCACCGGGGCGCCGGCGGCGAAGAAGCCGAGGCUCGCCGGGGAGCCGGACGCGGACGCGUGGAGGGCCUCGGAGCUGGGAGAGUAUCCGGGGCCACGCGGCUCCGAACGCCAUCCACCUAGUCAGCAGCGUCGACAGCGACAAGUACACGCAGUUGAUCUCGGAGACGGCCGCCGCGAACGUCGUCGCGUACGACGUGCAGUGGGCGCCCGACUUCGACGAGGGGUCGGACAACCCGAUCGCCCUUGUGCAGCUGGCCUUCCCGAUUUCUGGGCGCCGGGCCCCGAAUCUGCGCCAACUCCGCAUCUUCCCUCGCCCCCUCCCUCCAACUCCCCCUCCUCCCCCCCCUUCACUUAA